AAUCGCAGCUGCCAGAAUGUACGUAUGACAUCGCUACAUUACGUCACACUAAAACUUGGCAUACUUCCUAAUAAUUGGGACAUCCUCUGCUACUUCUUUUUUGUUAUUUUUGUUCCACGAUAAGGAUAAAAGGCCAAAAUUCGAGACAUCUGAUUGCCUGCCAAGGCCACGCCGCUCUGGCACUGGGUUUCGUUGUUGUCGGCUGAAAACACAACCAGCAUACUGCCAUGUGGAGCCGUACGAAACAAAUAUUCCAGAAGCGGCCGCUUCUUAUGAAUAUGAUGUCUUUUGGCACUAUGUAUGUGAGUGCCGAAGUUGCUCAACAGUGCAUACUGAUGCAAUUGAACCCUGAAAAAAAGCAUAUAGAUUGGAAUUUGGUUAAAAAUUAUGCGAUUAUUGGUUGGGGUGGUAUAGGACCAGCGUUGUUUUACUGGUAUAGGGUGUUGGAUAGACUUUUGCCGGGAGCAACACGUGCUAUGGUAGUGAAAAAAGUUUUGACAGAUCAGUUGUGCAGCUCUCCUGCUUGUAUAGCUAUGUUUUUUGCGGGUAUGGGCGUUCUAGAAGGAAAAGAAGAUGUGUUCGCUGAACUCAAAGCCAAAUUUUGGUCGACUUACAAGAUGAGCUGCUGCUUCUGGCUACCUGCUCAGGCAAUCAACUUCGCCCUGCUUCCCCCCUACACCCGGGUGGCUUUCGUGGGGGUCGCUUCUUUCAUCUGGGUCAACGUCCUUUGCCUCGUCAAGAGACAAGAGAUUUCUGAAACUAAAAUUGACAACCCGGAGGUUCUAGAAAAAGCAGCCAAAGAUUGAGAACAGUACCUGAAAUAUGAAACUUCGAUUCAUUUUACCAACACUUGGAGCUAACCUACCAUUGGUGAUAAUGUUCAGUGAUUAAAUCAUAUAUUUAUGGUUCUGCCAUAAUGUCAACUUUAGUUGUUGCUGUUAAGUGCAAAUGUUUGAAAAGAACCUAAACAUAACAGCGAUAACGUUCAUACAUUCCAUCAGCAAUACAAAUUAUCUUUCGAGUGCAAAAUUAUCAAUAAAUGUAAUUUUCAUCUUAAUACAGAUGCCAUAAUUAACAAAACUUUUAAUGCAUUUUGUAUAUUUUAAAUAUACGCUGGCAACUGAAGUGUAGCCAAUAAUAAUGUAAUCAAUAUACGUGAUGUUACAGUUACAUGAUAAAUGAAACUGUAUUAAAUUUCACUUGCUUUAUCGCUCUUUGCCCUUGCCUAUGUCACAUCUUUUUUCCUGCUGCCAGAUGUAUAGAUGCAUUACAAAUUUAAAUUGGUGCUUUUUUGUUAUUUAUCAUUUGAUUACUAAAUAACUAUUUUUUUCGGGGGGGGGGGGAGCUGAUUCUGUUUUAUUAAUCGAAACUAUUGAUCACUAUUUUAUGAAAGAGUAAACAAAGUUGAUAUGUUAGUUACCAUUUUUUAAUAUAUUCAUCAAUUUAUGUAUAAAAAUAUACAAAAUGGAUUUUAUCGUCGAAUAAAGCCUAACGCUAUUUUUGUGCAGGAAAAAUGCAUUUUUUUUGCUUGUUUUGUCUUAAGUAUUCUAUUUCAAUUCAUUCAAUAAAUUGGUGUAUAUUGUAUGUCUUAUCAUAUAUAUAUAUAUAUACAGAAAAACUAAUAAAAUUAUCUAACUUAUUAUUAUUCAAACAAAAAAAAUCAUAGUUCUUCUAUUUAAAGGAAUUUUAUAUUUUAAGUAAUUUUUUUGAUUGUAGUUUUUUUUCUGUCUGCUAACGCUACUGAAUUUUUAUCUUUUGUAAUUAUUUUCAGUGUAAAAUUUCAUUUUUCAAACAUACUUUUAAAAUGUUUUUACUUUUGCAUUUUAUUUCCAUUCGAACCUAUUGUUUCUGUAUUGUCAAAUUUUAAUUUUUUUUUGUGUUUCAGAAGAGUAUAUCUUUUU